AUGGAUAUGAUAACGACGACGGCGACGACGACGCGACGCGUCACACGGACCGCGCGCGGCGACGCGAUGUCUCAGCUCGCGACGCGCGCGCGCGUCGCGUCGAGCGCGACCGCGACGACGCGCGCGCGGCGGCGCGGCGGAGACGGCGCCGGGGAACGCGCGUCCGCGCCCGUCGUCGCCCCGCGCCUCGGAAGUCGGUGCCGUCGUCGCGUCGUGCUCGCCCGCCGCCGCGCCUCGGAAGAGCCGCUCGUCGCGCGCGUCUCUUCCGCCGCGCCGGAGGAGCGCGCGCGCGCCGACGGCGGCGGCGACGACGACGGCGACCCGAAGCCGCCACCGACGAGCGCGGCCGCGGAGACCGCGCGGAAGAACGUCGACGCCGCGGUCGCGGCGUCGUCGGCGUCGUCCGCGGCGCUCGCGAACAAUCUCGACAACCAGUACCUCGCGACGCAAGAGCGGUUCCCGUCGCUGCCGCUGCCGCCGGAGCCGAUUCGCUUUCCGCGGUCGCCGGUCGACAUCAAGCUCGCGGUGAUGCUGCUUCGAUCCGCGUACGAGACCGUGGACGACAUGAACGUCAUCCCGAUGGACCAGUUCCAGAUCAAGUUCUGGAAGUCGCGGCAGGCGGAGUGGGAGCCGUACAGGAACCAGUACUCGCCGUUGACGAUCGAGCAGGGCAAGCUCGCGGAUCCGCUGUACUUUGACUUCAUCUCGUACGUCCAGUUCAACGUCAUCGCGCGCGAGCUGCCGAGAUCGGACGUGGUGUUCGAGGAACGUAACGGCGCGGAGGGAACCGUUUCUGUUAUCCGAAGAGACGCGUCGCUGGGGACGGACAACAAGAUAUUGACGCCGGCGUUCGCGCAGCGGUUGGGCGACGCGCUCUACGCUCGCGCCAGAUUCGGGUUCGAAGACGCGACCUUCCCGGGGGUCCCGGAGCCGAGCUCCCCCGGCGACGUCGCGCGCGUCGCGGACGGAAUGCGAGGUCUCGUCGACGCGUUUUGCGCGAAGGGAUACGCGCUCAGAGGCGGCGUUCGCGACCUCGGACCGGGCAGCGGCGGGCAGGGCACGGAGAGCCGCGAGGUGGUCGUGAAGCUGGAGGGCCCCGCGCAGCUGUGGGGCGCGAGGCAGCUGUCCGCGCGAGGGGUCGUCCCGAUCAACGAGUACCUCGGGAUGGCGGCGACUGGGUUUUGUCGCGCGAGCGGCGUGCGAAGUUCGUACAGGGCGAGCUACACGGACGUCGCGGCGGAGCUGACGUUCACGCUGGCGCCGCCGCGGUAGCGUCGAGCGGAGUCGAGUCGCCGCCGAAUCCGUCCGCGCUUCGUCGACGCGUUUUGGUCUGUGUUGUAUUAAACGUCUUCGUAGAACGCAAUAUAUACCUCAUGAUGGUAAUUUUC